GGGGUAGUGCAUGGUACUUCCUUUGUACGUUUCCGUUCGAAAAGAGAAGAAGAGGUGGUUUCCAUCAUCGUCAAAAACUCUUUCUUGAUCUUUCCACGCUUGCGUUUUCUGCAUCUCUUCCAACUUUCUAGAUCUCGCAAGAAUUCCAAUUUCUUAGAAUGUUGUUUUAGGAACUUGGAUCUGAUUUUCUUGUAUACGCUCGUUUCAAUUGGGAACCGCACUUCCCUCUCUUUUGAUCCAUCGGUUCCGUUCGAGUACACAGAAACGUCUUUUUCUCCUUCUUCCUUUUUGCCGUUGUUCUCCCACAUAAACACACGAAGCUCCCUUGCAACAUUUCUCCUCAACCCCCCUCCUCUUCCCAAUACCAUCUGUGCAAAACACAUCUGAGAGACGUCCAUCGGUCACCGCCUCUCUCUCUCUCGUGUACAAAGAUAUUUUGUUUCAGGUGCAAUUGCGCCCGUCGAAAAGGGAGUCGAAAUGUUUUGUACUUAUUCGAAUCUCUCUCUUGACGGAUUAAAGGGUUCUCGGUGAUUCCUUCGUGUGUUGAGCCUACUACUAGGAAGGUCAAGCACACUUGCAAUUGGCUACCGGGCCAUCAUUGCUUCACAUCAGUGAGAGCUUAAUUGUAUUAUAUCUGUAUACUUUUGUGUGUAAUGUGGACAUCGUCGUUGAUUGAUUCAUUCGACGUUGGGAAAUAUACUAAUUAUAUUUAAAAUUGUGCUCUCGAGAAGUAGAGACGAGAGAAAUAAUUCAAUUGGAUUCUUCCGUCCUUUCGAUCCUCAGUCUUUGAUUGAUUCACUCGGCUGGGCGACUUCAUCUUCUUCACACGCUUCUUCAAUUCUCCACGAUAUUCCAAUUUUAUUUUGCGCUUUGUCCACACACGAUCAAAGCAUUUGGGCGCACUCGAAUAUUGGAGUCGACUACAACAUUGUGAAGGUAGGACUGGGAGGACGGCGAUUGAGAAGAGAGGAUUUGAAGGAUCUCGUCGUCGAAUUCUUUGCUGGACUGAUUCUCUACAUACGAGUCCCCCAGAAGAUCCCGUCAUUGGUGCUGUUUAAUUGCUACUUUAUACAUACUGCCUUUAUUUUUUUCACCACGACGCGCUCUCUGUCAUCCCACAACCAAUACUAUAUCGAGCCGACUCACAAUCCAGCAAUUGAUUCUACCGCGAGCCUUCUUCCUCAAGAGCCUCUGCUUUUGCCUCUUAAUCUUUUGUACAAAUUUUCACACCAACGUCCAAGCAAUCCCACAACCACCAAUCAUCACAAUGGCAUCCUCAGAGGUCGACACAAAGUUCCUCGGCCAAUUUGCCAAAAAUAUUCAAUUGGAUCAUCCACUGCUCGCUCAAAACUUAUUUCAGAUUCUGGGAAACCUCACCAUGCUCUCAAAAAUGGUCGUGAAAGCGCGAAAACUCAGACGCCUCGACACAACCCGUGAUACAAAGUCCGUCGAGCUAUACACUCGAAUUAUUUGGUACGCGAAAGAAGGUUUGAAGAUUGUAGAACAAUACGUCCUACCUCUCGUGGCAGGUUUUGGAGAGUUAAAAGUCCUUGUUUAUAAGUUGAGGGCUAGUUAUUAUCAUCUCUACGUUCUCUUCCACAAUACUCCUGCGAUCACUCUGAGAACUCCCAAGAUCUCUACACCACCUGGUCUGACUUCUCCACGUUAUAAAGAAAAAGGCGGACCCGUCGGCGGACCACCCGGUCUUUCUCUUCCACCAGAUAUCACGGGAAGUUUUCUCAUCCCCGCCCUUGAUUAUCGCCCCUUCGCAACCCAAUGCUUCGAAGACGCAUCCAUCCUUGCUGAUCGCCAACUAUGGGGUUCUCACCCCCUGCGUCUCUCUGUAAAAGUCGAAUACACAGCAUUUAUAUACGAUUGUUUGGAUGAAGCCAAUCGGUCGAGAGAACUGGCCCGGAAGACAAUCAAUGAAGUCUACAAUGCGGAUGAGGGAAUGGACGAUGAUAUGUUUGAGGAUGCGGCAGAAUUAGUGAGUAUUCUGGGGAAGAUGAUGAAGAGGGGACUGGGGACAGGCACGAGCGCGGGAACUAGUACGGUGGGUGCGAGUGGAAGUGACGAGGGUACUUUGAGGGGGAGGGGAGGGGAUUUGGAAAGAACGCCGAGAUUACAUGGGGAUACAUUACCGCCGAUGCAUAACCCAAUUUGAGACAUUUCGGACCGAUGACGAGAGAGUGGCUCUUUGGACCGUGCUGCCACUACCCAUGAGAUUUUGCUUUUUCGCUCUUUACACAAAGAUCAAUCACGUCACGAAAGAUACCCCCGAUUCGAAAUUUUACCAAGUAUGAGAUCCAGCUCUCACAGAUUCGAAAUGAGCCAAACAUCCCAACCCAAUCCAAUCCAAUUCAAAGAACAAGAAGAAACACAAAACACAUAACCAGGAGAAAAAAGAAUCGACGUCUAGCUUCGUUGUUUGAUUAAGCUACUGCAAAGACUCUGCGCGCAUAUAUGUAUGAUAAUGACGGUGAUGAGUAUGAUAUUUUUGACAACGGGGAAGAAGAAUCACAUGUACGAUUGGUUGUUUAUUGGAUUGUUUGAAUAAUUAUAUACCCACGAAUGACGCGACGGGCAUUGGCAUUGGCAUGGUCAUUUGAGUGAGAGCGUGGGUUUGCUAAUGAGAUAGAUAGAUCGUGAAGUUGAGUUGAGGUAUGGGGUUGGGAAUGAAGUUGUUAAUAUAAUGACGAUGAUGAUUUUGAAAUAAGCGAUGAGCUAGCUGGUGAAUAUAUGUUUGAUCUGCGUGAAUUGCUAUGUGAGAAUGGGAGAG